GUCCGCGGGUCAAUCUUCGGCUCCCGUUGAUACUCUGCGGCACCGCCGCCAUCCUGCUCGUUCAUUAAUUCUGUUCCAGUCAUAAAAAUCCUCUAUUCCUUUAGCACAGUCGAAUAGUCGAUCCGAUUUUUCAAUAAAAUGGAACGUCAGACAGUUCCGGAACAGUACGAUUCGAGGUUUAAUUACCGGAAGGCGGAGGCUGAGUCGCCGAGACCGCCGUCUAAUGGCGGCGAUAUUGGUUUCGGCGGCAGCGACCGGAGAUUCGCAUUUUCGCGGCAAGCAUCGUUUCAGCAAUCGAGCAGUUUCUCGAAGCCUCUUCUUACGCGGAACGUUUCGAGCAUCGAUAUACCGGAUAUCUAUACUCGAGAUUCAUUCGGCAAAGGUUCGGAGGAAUCGAAGAUCUCUGACGAGAAAUUUUCGGCUUCUUCGUUUCUCUCGGCCAUUUAUCGAGGCGUCGCGUCGGGGAACAAGCCGAUGAGGAGGUUAUUCGCGCUGAUUUCACUCAAUGUAGCUUAUUCUACCGUCGAGUUAUUCAUUGGCCUUUUCUCUGGCCGAGUAGGCCUUGUUUCUGAUGCAUUUCACUUGACAUUUGGCUGUGGCCUCUUAACAUUUUCAUUGUUUGCAAUAGCUGCUUCUAGAACAAAGCCUGAUCGCACCUACACAUAUGGGUACAAGAGACUAGAAGUUUUAUCUGCUUUCACCAAUGCUCUAUUUCUAUUGUUUUUAUCAUUCUCCUUGGCUGUGGAAGCACUUCAUGCAUUCAUACAAGAUGAAUCUGAACACAAGCAUUACUUGAUUGUUUCUGCUGUUACCAACUUGCUUGUGAAUCUCAUUGGUGUUUGGUUCUUCAGAAACUAUGCUCGCAUAAAUCUUGUUUAUAGGAAGGCUGAAGAUAUGAAUUAUCACUCAGUCUGUCUGCACGUUAUCGCUGAUUCUGUUCGCAGUGCAGGUUUGAUCCUGGCUUCCUGGUUGUUGACAUUAGGGGUGAAGAACGCUGAAGUCCUUUGCAUGGGAUUAGUUUCAGGCACAGUGUUUAUGCUUGUCAUGCCACUAUUUAAGGCUACUGCUGGAGUUCUUCUCCAAAUGGCACCACCCAACAUCCCUUCUUCUGCCUUGAACAAAUGCUGGCGACAGGUUGCCUCACAUGAUGGCGUUACAGAAUUAUUUCAAGUUCGUCUUUGGGAAAUGGUGCCAGGCCAUGCCAUUGGAUCGAUUUCACUGCAGGUGAAGAAGGGAGUGGAUGAUCGCCCAGUGUUGCAAUAUGUGCAGAAUUUAUACCAUGAUCUAGGGGUACAAGAUUUAACAGUACAAAUUGAGGCUUGAUUCUCGGCGGAUUCCUUGUUAAUCCCGGAAGCUUAAUGACAAUGGAGAUACAUAAUACUAUAGUUUGAGCUUCUGAAGAAAAUAUUAUGAGUGAAAUUGAAAUUCUCUCUUAAAUUAGUACAUAUAUCGCCGCAGCUUCUGAAGUUGUGAUGAAUAUCCUUGAUGAUCAAUCUAGUUAAGAGUCUCUUCUUAUUUUCCUAGCUGAAUUUUCUUGUUAUAUAUAUAUAAAGGAAUAACACCAAUUUUCUCA